AUGGAGGGUCCCGGAGCUCAAGUUGUAGACCAGUACCGACAAAAUCUAAUCCAUCGCCUAGAUACACUUCGACGGGAAUUAUCAACCGCGACAGGACUCAUGGGCAUCAUAUGGCUUUGCAGCAUUGGAAAACUAGAGAAAGCUGUUAAGUUGGCGGAAAUCGAUACAAAUAUUCUUAAUUUGAACUUUGCUAUGAUGAGUGUUAUGCUGGAACUGGUGUUUAGACCCUGGACUGAUCGUUCUCGUUUUACCGUGGAUGAGGCGCCGACUCAAGAGCGUGAUAGUUCUCCUGAGGGAGAAGAGGAAGAAAAGGAAGAGGAAGAUGAGGAGGAUGAGUAUCGGACAUCGAGAGGCUGCUCCGCGAGAGACGAUUCCCGCUGUGUAAUCACCGGAGCCGGAGGAGUGGUAGAGACCGCACGCAUAUACCCCUACUCAUUGAACUCUACAGUCCGAUCUGAGUCGUUCUGGGACAUACUCGACAAAUACUGGAACAAGGAUGUUGUGUCGCGCCGGAAACGGGAUGUCUUCGGAAGCAAGGGCACUGAGGUCUGCCAGAACCUCAUCACGCCGUCCACUGAUGCGCAUGUAUACUGGGACGCAGGGCUGUUCGCUCUAAAGCUAUUGUCGUUGAGCAAUGACAAGAGAAUGCUCCGGUUGCAGUUUUUCUGGCUGUGUCUUCGUGACAGAUUCCGCUCGGGUGAUGUAAUCACACUCAAGACUGAUGACCCGGAAAAGAAGCCCCUUCCGAGUAUGGAUCUUCUGGAAAUGCAAUGGGUUCUUCAUCAUCUUACUGCCUUGUGCGGAGGUGUUUAUGUUGAGCCAGUGAAAUCCUAUUCUGACUACGAUGAUGAGGAUUAUGAUUCCAUGGACGAAUAUGAUGAUUUCUAG